UUGAUCGCCAAUGACCAAUCCAUCAGGCUGCACAUGUGCCUUAGCUGCAAAUCGUGGCGUUUAUGACUCGACUGAGCAUUUAGUUGUGCUUGGAUGUGAAACUCCAUGUUCUCUGCCGCCUGCAGACACACACACACAAAAGGACGUUUGCCGUCUUUGCUUCCUUCACUUUGCCUCGUGACUUGUGAAAUAUUUCUUCGAGCUGCAGAAGAUGGACCAACUCUAUAUAGUAAACAGGUUCAAGGCUCAAGAGGACCUGACAGAGACACAGAAGGUUAUUGAUCCACAGAGAAGGCUGAGAAAACUAUUAAAGCAGGCCAGUGAAAAGCAGGAAGCUAGUCGUCAUUUUCCGAAGACCCAUGAUGUGCCAUCGGAGCCUACCACACCUGACAGUGCCAUCACGACGAAGCCGAAGAAACGAAAGCGAGACCCACAAGAUUACACAGAAAAUGUCCGCAGCACAUUGAAGAAAACGCAUGAGGACGAUGGGGCCAUUACUGUACCAUCAGAAAAUAAUGUGCAUCCUGAAGAAAAAGUUGUGAAACCGAAGAAGAAAAAGAGAAAAACUGCCGGCAAAGAUAGUAAGAUUACCACACAAAUAUCCGAACAAGCGCCCACACAUUCUACUAAGGAAGGGGAGCAAAAUUGUGCAGAUGGUGCAUCAGAAAUCCACGCCGAAAGUCUGAAGGCGUCUGAUAGUACAAAGCCGCUUGUGUCAUCCGAGGCAGAAACAGAAAUCAAGGAUAAGAAAACGAGGACAAGAAGCAAAAAAAAGCUGAAGCAAAACAAAGAGAAAGCGUCCCCAGUUCAGAAUGGAGAGCUUUUUCCUGUGCUCGGCGAUAUGUCGGCAAAGCUCGGCGACACCGUGAAGAGAGUGUUGCCAGACUGGUUAUCGAAUCCCGAGGUCAUCGAGCCCAGCGUAUCGAAGGCGAAGAAGUCGACUGCACAGAUUGGUGCGCAUUCGGGGAUGCUUAGCUCGGAGAUGCUGUCCACAUUGUCCGCGAACGGCAUAAAGAGAUUGUUUCCCGUACAGGAAAAGGUGAUCCCGUGGCUCCUCUCGUCGGCCCAACAACGGUCCUUCAUCCCACCGCGCGAUGUGUGCGUAUCCGCCCCGACCGGAAGUGGUAAAACCCUCGCCUAUGUCAUCCCCAUCGUGGAAUCCCUGCGCUCCCGAGUUGUGCGCUCCGUACGUGCCGUCGUAGUCCUCCCCGUGAGAGAACUGGCUGCCCAAGUCUUUCAAGUCUUCUCAAAGUACGUUCGUGGGACAACGCUCAAGGUGCAACUCUUAACGGCGUCGAAGCCCCUCGCGGAAGAGCAGGCGCUUAUUGUUCGCAAGGGUGUGCGGGGAUACCAAAGCCUGGUGGACAUCGUAGUGACCACUCCGCACCGCCUGUUCGACCACCUGCAGCGGACGCCCGGGUUUUCCCUGCAGCACUUGCGCUUCUUCAUCCUCGACGAGGCGGACAGGGUCGUGGAGGACAUCAGACGCACGUUGAUACCGCAGGUUGAGGCCGCGGUGUUCGGAGACGACAAGGGCAACUGCUGUUGCUACGGGGAACACCGCUGCCAGCGCCUCUACAGCCAACCGCUCACUGCGUGUUCCCUGCAGCACUGUCGACAGCCGGUGCAGAAACUCCUGUAUUCCGCAACGCUUACCCAAGACCCGGAGAAACUGCAGAGCUUGAUGCUCUUUCAUCCAACGUUGUUCACUGCUUCAGCGAGUCAGCAGCAGCCAGCCGGGAUAUUUGGAGGGAAGUACACCACACCGCAAGGUCUGACCGAGUUCUACUACUCUGUGAAGGAUGCCACAAAACCCCUGGCAGUGUGGAACCUGGUGGCGAAACGUGGUUAUCGUGGGACACUGUGCUUCACCGCGAGUCGUGAAGAAGCUCACCGGUUGUCCCUCGUGCUGAACUUCAUGGGUGACAUCGAAGCUCGAGAGUUCUCCGCAGACCUGAGCACUGCAGACAGGGCGAAAGUGCUUCGGACAUUUGCUGCCGGAAAGAUAGACGUACUUGUGUGCUCGACCGUUCUUGCCCGAGGUCUGGACAUACACAACGUCCAGAACGUAAUCUGCUACGACCCACCGAAAUACAUAAAAACGUACGUCCAUCAGGUGGGGCGUACGGCCCGAGCCGGUAAGCCCGGCACGGCUAUCACACUGAUGCGUGCUGGACAAGUGGCGCGUUUUAGAGACAUGCUCUCCUCGGUCGGGAAAGAGGACGUUAAAUGCAUGGAAAUAGAAGAGGGGGCUCUUUCGCCUUUCCACCAGAAGUAUCGAGAGGCUCUCAAUCGGGCGCAGGAAGUGAUCUGCGAAGAAAGUCAGAAGAGGAAAGACAGCAAGAAGCCAAAGUUUGCAAAGAAGAACAAGAUGCCCGCAUCUGCCUUUGGCAAAAAGAAAAUUUCACACAAUCUUACAGCGAGGAAUCAAAAGUUACGGAGGGAGCGUUAACUGAUAUGUCGAACUGCUAGUCCUCCAUCGAGUACUAGACAACACAAAGUGACAACACCCCACAAGCAGCGCCCUAACAACAAAGGUUGCGGUGAAGGAUAAAUAGUAUGCUCGGGCAGAGGUGCAGUGCUGCACUUUAUUGUUUACAAGCUUUACUAUACAUUGUUCUGUACAUGAUGCAGUGUUUUGUAAAGUUCCUCUAACAACGACGACUAAAAAGCCCUCACGCCAAGAAACUUCUGUCCGUGCAUACGGCACUUGGAAGAAUUUUCUGCUCCUAUUGGCCAGAGUUCAACGACCGACUUCCCAAGUGGUUGGAGACGCAUCCCUUCAUCUUCCAGUACCACGAGCUUAUGCUGGUGUCUUCCAGCAUUUCCUUGAACGCCGUACAGCCUUCGACAGAGUUUAGCACUCCGUACACGGCCUGACGGGAAAACGAAAAUAAAUUAAUUAAUGCGAGGAAUGUACUACUAUUGGGUAUUCAACGCGAGCAAAGUAGUGAGGCGUGGUCUUGAUUGCUGUUGGGAAAUAAAACACAUUUUAUAGAAUUCA